CGCGCAAACACGACGAACGUGCGUCCGCACAAGUCCGCACAAACCACCUGCACUGCUGCUGCCAAACGACGACGACGACGAUGGAGCAGCAGCAGCAGCAGCAGCAGCAGCAGCACUUUGAGCAUGUGUGGUGCUCGAAGGCGACCACGGACGAGGCACGGCGCGCGCUUGUGAGCGGGAUCUUUGCGCAGAAGCCUGUUGACGAUGCACCAGCCGUGAGCUUACAGCUAUGUGACCAGUGCAUCGUGGCAUACCACAAGGCCCGCGCCUCGUUCUUGGACAGCCUCAUCCCGGACGACGUCGCACGCGAAGUGGAUGGAGAUCUAUUCCCGCCAGGCUUCCAUGAACAGAAGUUGCUGGCAUGGGAACAGCCCUGUGUCAUCGAUCCGCUGUACAAGGAGUGCGUGCACAGGGUGCCUUUCCAGUCGGCUGUCGCGUGCCAGCACUUGCUGCUGCAUUUCCUGUUCUUGCCGCGUUUCCUGACACUCGAGUGCCCAGCAGCCGUCACAGGCGCUGCAGCCGAACAAGCUGGCACAAGGACGUACGAGCAAGUCGUGGGCGGCUUCAUCGACCACCUUCCCGAAUCUUUCUCCGAUCAAAAGCCAAUCCCACUGCUGCCAGGACACCUGCGACUGGCCGCCCAUCCUGCCAAGGCUGUUCGCCACCACGUGCUCGUGAAAUUCCCGCCAUCUGCGACUACAACACCCGACCAGCCGCAGCCGUCCCUCAUAGCGCUCAUCCCAGCAGCGUUUCGCCUGCUUGUGGACCUGGCCCACAACCCGUCCCUUCCCUGGGAUCCUCUCAUCACACUCUUGGAAUCUGUCGACGUCACACGGCUGCUCACCGGUGAUGUGCUGGCGGCCUUCUUCCACAUCACAUGUCGCAAAAGGAAAAAGCUUGGUUUCUACCACGUGUUUCGACUCGCCUUCCCGCCGCUGAAACACACAGUGUGGAAAUACAGCCAAUCGCUUGAUUUCGUCAUGUCGAACUGGCACGCGAUCAACCUCGGCGCCGUUGUGUGGAACGACGAUGACAAAGCGUUUGUGACAGCACUCCUGCAGUCCCUUGCACACGCGCCCGCCCGCACGGCCAUCAUGCUACUGAAACAGCUUGUUGCGACCAUCCGCCCACCAGGAUCAACAGACGCCUUCCUCACCCUCAUCACAACACACUUGCCGGAGCUGACGGCGGUGUACGACUUCACGUCGCCCAAGGACGACGAUACUGCCGGUCUCAUGGACAGCAGCGAUGACGCCUCGGAUAUCGAUGAUGAUGAUGAUGAUAACAACCAGCAAAACAACCAGCAGAACAACCAGCAGAACAAGGAGCAGAACAAGGAACAGAACAAGCAGCACAGCAAGCAGCACAGCAAGCAGCACAGACGACAGCAGCAGCAGCAGUUGAAGGGCAGGGAUGAUGAGGAUGAGGAGGAUGAUGAUGAUGAUGAUGCAACGCCAUCGCCACCACCGCAAUUGCGAUCAACAUCAGCCACACAUGCUGCCACUGAUAAGGCUGGCGCCGAGGAAGAGCUGGGAAUGGAGGUGAUGAUGGAGGAGGAGGAUGAGGACGUGGAUGAGGACAAGAGCGAGGAGGAGAAGGAGAAGAGGUGCGAGAAGGACGUGGAGGGGAUGGACGAGAACCAGACGCAUGCAGUGCAUGAGGGCGAGCCGAAGGGCACACCCGAACACGAACAGGACGCCGCUGGUGGUACGAAGGAUGCUGAUGGUGACAAAGGAAGCAGGCGUACAGCUGUUGGCGUUGGGGUUAGCGAAGGUCGUGAAACCACAGUUGACCGUGUUGCUGGUGUUGAUGGUGUUGCUCGUGUCGAUGAUGGUGUUGCUGGUGAUGGUGUUGCUGGUGUCGAUGGUGAUGUGUCGUCGUCGUCAUCGUCGGCGGUGCCGUUUGCGUCGUUCACGCGGGAGAAACUGCGGCAGCUCGUGGAUGCGCUCCAGAUUGAGUUUGCAAAGUACAGGGCGGAGACGCUGCGUCACCAGCGGGCGUUUGUUGACGCACACGGGCGACGACCAACACCCUCGGAGCUGACGGUGGAGCACAGGCGCGCCAACGACUUGCUUCUCGCCCUCUCCAUCCAGUUUGCCAACAUCUUCGCGGUGUACGCCAACACGUGUGCGCAGGAGCAGCGUGUGGGGGAGGCGGCUGCGGUUCUGGCGCCGCUGUCCGUGCCGCUUGACCAGAUGUACCCGAAGAUUGUUGCAGCAGUGGCAGACCUGCCUUCUGGUGCUGCGAGGGGUGCUGGCGGUACUGGUGCUGGUACAACUGGUGCUGCAACAACAUCAACAGCAACAACGGCAACCUCAUCAUCGUCACAAUCGUCGUCGUCAUCACCAUCAUCAACAACAAAGUUGGCCGCCCCGUCGCCAGCAGCGGUGUCGGCGUAUCGCAACUUGUGCUGGUACCCAUUCAUGCCCUCGGCCCUGCUUCAGCACCCUUCCCUCACUUCCCUCCAGGACAAGUUGGUGGUCUACGAGCUUCAGAGCUGCUCGACACAACAGACGUUUUCACGCACGCGCACGCGGCUGCUGCACGCGCUGUCGACGGGCUCUGUGCCUGUUGAGGUUUCCCCGACACCUGAGGAGGAGGCGGCACUGAAGGAAGCGAACAAGAACACGGUGCUUGAUUCAGACAUGAAGCGCGAGCCUGCAUCCACGGGGCCGGUGUCGCCAGCGACACCGACGUCAGGGACAACACCACCCACAGCACCAUCAGCAUCAGCCACAACAUCAGCUGCUUCGACAACCUCGCGCGCACAGCAGGAGCACGAGCAGGCAUUCGCGGCAGCGGAAACGAAUGUUGCGGAAAGAAAAGAAGGCGAACACGCUGAGGAAGAAGACAUGCAAGAGCAACAGCCGCCGCCGCAGCAGCAACAAGACGAAGAUGAAGAAGGAGAAGUGACAGUAGCGGCUGAAGAAGAACAAGAGGCAGAAGACCAAGAGGCAGAAGACCGAGGGGCAGAAGACCGAGGGGCCGAUGAACCGGCAGCAGCACCGUCGCCACCACCACAUGUCGAUGAUGCAGACAUCAUUCUUAUCGAUGAUGACGAUGAUGAAGAUGAAGGCGACGGUGAUGAUGAUGAUGAGGAUGAGGAUGGUGGCGGUGUGGAGGAUGAAGCUGCAUUUGAUGCUGGCGAUGGCACCGGCGCUGCAGGUCAAGAUGAGACAGGCAGAGCGGACAAAAGCGAUCGCGAAGAGGUCAGCAUGGAUACUGGCCUGGACGACACGGGCAGCGUUGACAUUGACAUGGAUGACGCUGGUGACGUUGAUGACUACGAGAUGGCGCGUUCGCCCGAGCUACCACUCCUCUCCUCCACAUCUUCGUCGUUGUCGACAGUGGCGCAGCAGAGCCAGGACAAGCGCACACCCUCACCGCUUGCAACCGCAACGGCUGCCAGAACUGUCACAUCAGCCGCAGUGCGCAGGCCAACGCCCGCAUCAGCAACCACAGCAGUCGCAUCAGCAGACGACAAGAAGCACGGCAGCCCGCUGGCGGGGUCGGAGAAGGCCAUCCAGUUGUCCGGAAUAGACGCGCACAAAGGCAAAGGCCACACACACACUCUUCCAUGGGCUGUUACCACAAAACCGACCACAACAGGCACCACCAGCACUAGCAGCAGCAGUAGCGGUAGCAAAACUGCAGAUGAACAGGAAGAGCGGCAGACACCUGUGUCUUCUUCCUCGCUCGUCAGACCAAAGGCAAAGUCGCCAUUAUCGCUGUCACUGUCAUCGUCGCCAUCAACAGCGCCGGCGCACGCGCGGCCAAAGCCAACGCAGCCGUCGCCAACAUCAUCCCCGCCAUCCUCCUCCUCCCCAACAACAACAUCAUCAUCAACAGCAGCAGCAUCAACUGGAGCAACAACAUCAACAACAGCAGCAUCAAUAGGAGCAACAACAGCGACAACAGCAUCAACUUCGGCUGCAGCGGCGCCACGGGCGCGUGCAUGGCUUCUCUCGUCUGCACCUGCUCGCCCACGCCACCAUCACCACCAAGUGUCAUCACUGUCAUCAUCAUCAGCAGCAUCGUCUGCAUCAGUAGCAUCGGCAAAGCCGGCACAGUCGCCCACGCUGUCCGCAGAGGCAAGGGCACAGGAGCAGGCUGCGCUCGCACGCGCACUUGAACCCUUUCCCGUCGCCUCUGGGCGCCUUGCUGCAGAUGCACCCAGCAAGCUGUGUCCCAUGAAUCAAGUGGGCCUCAUGGCACAGGUGCACCUCAACAAAUUCUUCAUGGAGCUGUACAAGUGGAAGGGCCGCCUGUCGCUUGGCCGCCCGCCGUCGCUGCCAACGGCAUAUCGCACCGUGCUGCAGUACCAGCAGCUGAUGCUCAAGAUGGUGAUGGCCGACUUCAACCAGCAGCUCAUGGAGACGUUCUCAUCCAAACCGUCGUCCUCGUCUGGUUCGCUCAUCUCCAAUGCGCUCAUCACGAGCAUAUCUGCGCCGUCGGAAGCAGGCUUCAUUGCACUUGAGGUCAAGCCCAACCUGACCAACUACUCGUUUCAGGACCGCGACGUCGUGUGCAUCCAGCCUGCAGGCAAGCACACGCCCAAGACGCCGUUCGUCUUCUCCACAUAUGUGCGCAAGGAAGGCCGCGUGUACCUUGAGACGUCGAGCGAGGGCGGGGCGUGGCUCAAGCCGAACCAGCGCGUGUCGCUGCGCAUGCUCAUGGGCUGCACAACAGCGAUGCGCCAGUACGAGGCGGUGUCUCUGCUGAACAGCAAAGGCAGGGUUACACCUUACAUCCUUGGCGUGCGCCCAAGCACUGACGCCGGUGAUCGCAUGUCGGGGAUGCCGUUUCCCGCGCGUGUGUCGCAGAAGCAGAAGGACAAGGUGGCCUCUGUUCUCAAGACGUACAAACAGCUCAACAAAUCCCAGCGCGAUUGCAUCCAAACGGUGCUCACGAACCGGUGUCCCCUGUCGCUGAUCCACGGCCCACCAGGCACGGGCAAGACGACAACACUCGUCACGCUCCUCGCUACCUUCUUCCGUGCUCGCGGCGGCCCCGUUGAUGCUGUGCCCAUCCACGCUCCAUCCACAUCGUCAUCAUCGUCAUCGUCAUCAGCAUCUUCCCUGUCAUCGUCGUCGCUGUUUGGUUCGCGUGGCAGCCGGGCCAGCAGCGGUGGUGUUCGCGGUGUGACGGCUGUGCGGAAAGGCGGGGGCGGCAGCACAGCGGGUACACCGUCCAAGCCGCUGGUGCUGCUGUGUGCGCCCUCCAACGCCGCCAUUGACGAGCUCACGCGCCGGCUGAUGGGCAGCAGCGAUCUCAAGUCCCACCGCGUGAGCGUGUUGCGUCUGGGCCAGACUGAGCGCAUCAGCACAGACGUGCGCAGCGUGAGCUUGGACGAGAGGGUGGCGCAGGCGCUGCGGCAGAACGAGCGCGAGAUGAAGCAGGUACAGGCCAACAUUGACAAGGGGGAGGCAGCCAAGGCGGAGGUACAGCGGAAGCUGCAGAGCAAGCAGAGCGAGGCAGCCCAGUACGACGCGUACGCGUCGCAGUUUGCGGACAUUGCAGCGCACACGAAGAACAUGGAGGGCGAGGCAACACGCCUGCGCGUUCAGCGCGACUCGAUUGACCAGCAGCUGCGCAAGUUCCGUGAUGCGCUGCGCCGCUGCCGCAACGACACAGAUCGCACGCGCCGCGAACUCAGCGCACGCCUUGUGGAUGAAGCCGACAUCAUAUGUUGCACGCUGAGCUCGAGUGCGAUUGACGCGCUGCGGCAGUGCAAGCGCACGGUGGACCUGCUCAUCAUUGAUGAAGCGGCGCAGUGUGCCGAGCCGGACGUGCUGAUUCCCCUGCAGUAUGGCUGUGCGCGCCUUGUGCUUGUGGGCGACCCCAUGCAGCUGUCGGCGACGGUGUUUUCACAGUACGCGCGCGACGCCGGGUACGAGCGCUCGCUGUUUGAACGCAUUCACCCAAGCAUGCGCGCGUGGGGCAGUGCGCCCAUGCUCAGGGAGCAGUACCGCAUGCAUCCGGAGAUUUGCGAGUUCCCCAACAUCAUGUUCUACGAGCAGAAGCUGCUCACCGCCGGCGCUGUGCUUGCACGCAAGCCCGCGCCGUGGCACGACGCGCUUGGAGCGUAUCGCUUCUUCGACGUCUCCUGGGGCGAACAGAAGCGCGGCGGUGGCAACUCGUUCUGCAACGUGGAGGAGGCCAUCACGGUUGCACGCAUCAUCUUCCUCAUUGCGCAGGCUGCACCCGCUGAACCGCUUCGAGGCAAGAUUGCCGUCGUCACGCCAUACACACACCAGCGGCAGUGCAUCAAGGGCGAGCUUGCACGGUGGUUCGGCCCUGCUGUGGCAGACACGAUAUCUGUGGACACGGUCGACGCGUACCAAGGGCAGGAGAGCGACGUGGUUGUGUUCUCGUGUGUGCGUACGCGGCAGCUUGGCUUUCUCACGCAGGAGAAGCGCAUGAACGUGGCGCUGACACGCGCACGCCUGAGCUGCUACAUUGUCGGCAACGCAUACAACCUGCGGCAGUUCAAUCGGGAGACGCUCAUGUGGUCGCGGCUGGUGGCCAACGCGCAGCAGCGCAGCGUGAUGGGCCAGUGUGCGCAACCCUACGACGUGCACACAGAGGCUGACGUGUCGAACCUGCUGUGGAAGACUGGCAAGCCAAAGCCGAGCAUGGCAGACUUGAACAGGGCUGCAGUGCAGCCGCGCCAAGUUCCCCACCGCCUACAGCGCGAGCUUGAGCGAGCACACCAUGGCCACGAUCGCAAGGACAAGGGCGGGCGACGGAAGCGGACGCGCCGUUCACGCGGCAGUCGCGGUAAGAAGUCUCGUUCGCAAUCGGCCUCACCAGCACCACCACCGACUGCCCCAUCGUCGUCAGCAUUGCCCAGCACAGUUCCAUCGCCAACAUCAACGUCCACAUUAGCAGCAUCAACAACAUCGACAGCAUCAACAGCAUCAACAGCAUCAACAGCAGGAGCAGCAGGAGUGCCGUCCAAGCCCGUGUCAACACCACCAGCAUCUGCGGUGAGCGCGAGACCUGCGCCUGCGGCCACUUCCACGCGCACCCAGCGCUCAACCACGCCCACUCCCUCCAGGCGCUCAUCACGUGAUGCCAGCAGCAGCGACGUUGGGGGCGGCGGCGGUGGCGGCGGUAGCGUGAUCACGCCUUCACCAUUGGCCACAGCAGCAACAGCUCGCACAGCCGCACACGGCACGACACGCAGCAGUGGGCAGCAGGCAGGCAUGCACAGACCCCGCCAACCAGCGGACGUCAACAUCAACAAGAGAAUCGUCAACAUCGAGGUCAGUGGCAGCAGCAGCAUCGACAUCGACUGCGGCGGCGGCGGCGGUGACGGGAACGCGACGUGCCUCGCGCUCGCGACUGUCAAGUGA